AUGCAAAGCAUGAAGAAAUCAAUACUGAGUCAUGUGAAUUUGAGAAGGUCAACUGAAAGAUGGUUUUUGGCCAAGGAUAUUAACGUGCUUAUGCAUUUGAGAGGCUGGUGUUCUUCAACAGGUGCCAGCUCUGAUCCGAUUUUGGGCCAAGUAAUCAGACUGGUCAAGAAGUAUGAUAGAAUUGAUGCAGAAAAGGAUACUUUUAUGCAGGUUACUGAAACAGCUGAUUUUCAAAAGGACUUGAGCCUGGACAGCUUGGAUAGGGCUGAGCUUAUUAUGGCUCUUGAAGAAGAAUUUUCCCUAGAGAUUCCUGAUGAGAAAGCGGAUAAGCUUACUUGCUGCAAGGAUGUUGCAAAAUACAUAGCCUCUGAAGCUGAUCAAAAACUUUAG